GUUUUCUUCAUGAUAACUUACACAUUGAUCAUCAGACCAAAACCGAAGGGAAAGACAUCGAACAUAAUUGCAAAUAAGUAUGUUAUAAAACUAUAUCAGGGGCUUGAUAACAAUGCACACAAUGAAUUGCACAAGUGCAAGAAACCUAUGACAACGCGCAGUACAUACGAAAUGCUAACAAGUUGAGUUGGAUCACUGAAUCACUGAGACAAAUACAACUAUUCUAGCAUUCUAUUCAUUGUACAAACAGAUUGAAAUUCGUAAUUUAUUUUUACCUUUAUUUAACUAGGCAAGUCAGUUAAGAACAUUGGUGGCGAAAUAUCGCCUAAAUUUCCUGUUAAUGCAGCUCAUGUUGCAUUACGGCAGAUAGCCUAGUGGUUAGAGCGUUGGACUAGUAACUGGAAGCUCGAAUUCCCCAGCUGACAAGGUAGAAAUCUGUCGUUCUGCUCCUGAACAAGGCAGUUAACCCACUGUUCCUAGGCCGUAUUUGAAAAUAAGAAUUUGUUCUUAACUGACUUGCCUAGUUAAAUAAAGGUAAAAUAAUUUACGAAUUCCAAUCUGUUUGUUCAAUAGUUGUAUUUGUCUUUAGAGAGGAAAUGAGUGAUUCAGUGAUCCAACUCAACUUGUCAAUCCACCACUAUUAAUGCCCCAGCUCUAUGUGAUUGGUCAUGGUGGUGUCACUCUGACCCUGCUUCCAGUCCAAUCACACGAUGAGCCGCUCCCCCUCACAGCCAGAGAGAAAGAGCUGCAGGAGCUGAGGCAGUUUGACCAGGACUGGCGGUAUGGACCCUGCACAGGUAUCAGUCGUUUGCAGCGGUGGGAGAGAGCUGCACAGCAUGGGUUAAACCCUCCUCAGGAGAUCAGAUAUAUGCUGUUUAGCGCAGACACAGACUACACACACUGUCUGUCGAGUGACUAUCCAGUGUGAGAAAUGGAAAGAGGAGAGACAGAGAAGAUAAAAGUAGAAUGUCCAAAGUUCAGGUGGUUUUGCUUUUGUUUAGUUCAGGUUUGACUGCUAACCAUCACACUAUACGUUUUUAUUAAAAUACCCUUUUCUACAAAAAUAAAAGUUUUUAUUAGGUCUGA